CAUAAUUUUGCAGCCACGCCAAGCGUUGACUGUUCUGAGUCCAAUUUUUAUGCCCAUAUAGUAUAGUUAUACUCCCUUUAAAUCAAGUGUGCUAAUGACAUCUUUGUAAGAUUGUCGACUGAAGAAAGCGUGGAAUCAUGAAGGCAUUCAUAAAGCGAGGAGCGCACCGCUGGCGUUUAUAAUGCACUGUAAAGGUCCGUUUGGCUGUUGUGGUGGUGAUGGUCCAUAAAAGCAGGAGCAACAUAUAUGCAGAAAGAUGGGUAAGAAGAUUCUUUAGUGGUCAAAAAUGAAUGACGACGUCGCCGAUGUUUUUACACACGUAACUGAUAUGGUGAAUAUUUGCAAUGUUAUUCUGCGCACUGAGGCAGACUUGCGCACUGCAGCAACGCACCGUUUUGGACUGUGGAUGUGCUGUAUUUAUUGAAUAUAUGUCUGCAAAGGAGGAGAUCGCCUUUCGGUUUUCAUUAAGAAAAAAGUUUGCUUGCGAGAACAGCAUUUGUGUUGCAGUUUAUUCUGUUGCUCACUCAACGUGAUUGAGUGGUUCAAAGCCACUCUAUUCUCCAGCAGAUGAGAGGCAAGCAAUUCCCACAACUUCACCUGCCUGCACAAGGGGAAAAUAAUGUUCAUUUUUAUGACAGAAAACUCAAAACCUAUCGCAGUCAUACUUCAAAAAUAAUCGCCCAGCCUCUAAUCGUAAUGAAAGUGUUGCGGAGAAAAAGAAUUGUCCUGUUUAUAGCAUAUUUUCUGCUGGUAGUUCUUUCUAUGCUGAACUUGGCCAACUACAGAUGGACCAAAGGGCCCCAACAGUGCAAUCUAGUAAUGAGAAGCACUCCCUAUCAGGGUAGAUCAGACAUCCGCUUUCUUUACAGACCAUCGCUUGCCAAGAAGAGACAGCUUGUCUAUGUUUUGACGACAUGGAGGUCUGGCUCAUCCUUUUUUGGAGAGCUGUUUAAUCAACACCCAGAGGUCUUCUUUUUGUAUGAACCAAUGUGGCACAUCUGGCAAAAGCUUUACCCGGGCGAUGCUGUGUCCUUACAAGGAGCUGCAAGGGACAUGCUGAGCUCACUGUACCGCUGUGAUCUUUCUGUUUUUCAGAUGUACAACAGCCCCGGGGGCAAAAAUUUCACCUCGCUUGGACUUUUUGGGGCCACUCAUAAUAAAGUCAUCUGCUCGUAUCCUCUUUGCUCCGCUUACAGGAAGGAGGUGGUAGGGAUGGUAGAUGAAAAAGUGUGCAAAAAGUGUCCUCCACAAAGCCUCAGGCUCUUAGAAGAAGAAUGCCUUAAGUACAACACGAUUGUCAUUAAAGGGGUACGUGUUCUGGACGUCAAUGUUUUGGGCCCCCUCAUGGAGGAUCCGUCUAUGGAUCUAAAAGUGAUUCAUCUUGUGAGAGAUCCGAGAGCCGUGGCCAACUCCAGGAUUAAAUCUAGACACGGACUGAUUCGCGAGAACUUACAGGUUGUGCGAAGCAGGGACCCGAAACUCCGUCGGAUACCCUUUGUAGAUCCAGGGCACAAAAUUAGCAAAAAAGACGGAGCAGAUUACCACUCGGUUGGUGCUAUGGAAGUGAUUUGUGAUCAGACUUACAGGAGCCUGAGCACUGCCUUAAAUCCACCCAACUGGCUGAAAGGGAAAUACCUGGCAGUGCGCUAUGAGGAUCUGGUGGAGAACCCGGUCAAAAUACUCCGGAAUGUUUAUCAAUUUGCUAAUCUCAGUGCCAACCUUUACAUUGAGUCUUUUGCUCUUAACAUGACCAAUGGCACAAGCUCUUCCUCAAAGCCAUUUAUUGUGUCGGCCAGGAAUGCGACACAGGCAGCCAGUGCAUGGAGAACAGUGCUGAGUAUUCAACAGAUCAAGCAAGUAGAGGAGUACUGCCAUCAUGCAAUGGCCAUUCUGGGUUAUGAAUGUGUACGAACAGCUGUUGAGGCAAAAGACCUGAGUAAACCUUUAUUGACUGCCUCCAAACUCUAACACAAAUUUAAGACAGGAUAGCUGCUUGUCCACAACUGUGGAAUUGCUUUAGUUCCAAUAAAGUGUUAUUAAAGGAUUUCAAAAUUCUUUCUGGAAUGUCAUGUUAUUUUUAGACCAUCUUGUGGUCAUUUUAUAGCGCCAUUACCUUUUUUAAUAGACCUGUGAGACAGUGGUUCUCAAGUUGUUUGC